GUCGGUGAACGGCUCGAGGGUCGAGACCGGACCGGACGUUGCCUCAAAAUUGAGCAGUUUGUUCGCCGGACUUCCUAGUCUGGCGAGUCCUCAACGCCUCGCCAGUUCCCUCAGGCAGAAAUUCGCCAAUAACUCUGGUUACCCCCGGCCCGGCCUGAUGCGCGCCGCCCAAAUCGCGACGAUUUCUUCGUCACGAUCACUCCCAAGGUCGCAUCAAGUGAUCGCGAUUAGUUGCUCUCGCUAGACCCUGGAAGCCAUUGCUGAUCUAUUAAAGGCGGAUAUCUAAAGCAACCACCAUGACGACGAUACCGAUACUCAACAUUGAGUUCAGCGAGCUCAAGGAGAUCGUGUGGACCAAGUUGCAGGAACCGAAAGCUCAACGGAAGCUAGUUCUGAUUAUCGUGUCGAUAGCUCUGUUACUCGAUAACAUGCUGUAUAUGGUGAUAGUGCCGAUCAUACCUGAUUAUCUCAAGUACAUCGGUGCGUUUGGGGACGUGGAGGAAGAGGUGAACGCAACGGGGCCGCCUUCUCAUCACGGUCAAGAUUCAGCCACAGGAGUGUUGUUUGCAUCAAAAGCUAUCGUUCAACUAAUGGUGAAUCCAUUUUCUGGCGCUCUCAUAGACAGAAUCGGUUACGAUAUACCCAUGAUGAUAGGACUUUGUAUAAUGUUCCUGUCGACGGCUGUUUUCGCUUGCGGCCGAAGCUACGGUGUCCUAUUCUUCGCCAGAAGUCUGCAGGGAGUGGGUUCGGCGUUUGCGGAUACCAGUGGCUUGGCUAUGAUAGCGGAUCGUUACACGGAAGAGUCAGAACGCUCGAAAGCCCUUGGUAUCGCGUUAGCCUUCAUUAGUUUCGGGUGUCUGGUAGCUCCACCCUUUGGCGGGGCUCUCUAUCAAUUCGCGGGCAAAGAGGUGCCCUUUCUAAUACUCGCUUUCAUCAGUCUAGCAGACGGAAUAAUGCUUUUAUUGGUAAUGAAGCCGCUAAAAGAACAAGUGAAAGACAGCCAAAAGGAACAUAAACAAAUGAUACCGAUCUGGCGGCUGCUCAUAGAUCCUUACAUCGCUGUAUGCGCGGGCGCUCUGAUGAUGUCCAACGUCGCUUUGGCCUUUCUGGAACCCACUAUUUCGUUAUGGAUGGAGGAUAACAUAACUCGUGACAACUGGAAAAUGGGAAUGAUUUGGUUACCCGCGUUCUUCCCUCACGUGUUCGGCGUCGUGAUAACCGUUAAGAUGGCCAAACAGUAUCCUCAACAUCAAUGGCUGAUGGCUGCUUCUGGUCUCGCGUUGGAAGGCCUAUGUUGCUUCAUAAUACCAUUCUGUAGAUCCUACUGGGUUCUUAUGAUUCCACUCUGCGGAAUUUGUUUCGGUAUAGCUCUCAUCGACACUGCAUUGUUGCCAACUCUGGGUUACUUGGUGGACGUGAGAUACGUCUCCGUAUAUGGUAGCAUCUACGCUAUAGCUGACAUCUCGUAUAGCGUGGCAUAUGCGGUGGGACCUAUCAUAGCCGGUGGUGUCGUAGAGGCGAUCGGUUUCACAGCUUUAAAUAUCGGCAUAGCUCUCUCCAAUCUAAUGUACGCACCUGUACUCAUGUACCUGAGACACAUCUACGACUUCAAACCGUUCCAGGACGAGGCGGACGUUCUCAUGCAAAAUCCACCCGACAAGGAGUACCAGACGUACGUGUUGCAAGAGCAGAGGCCGCUCUCCGGCGAAGUAGGCAAUCAUCUGAAUCAAACGCGUAUGGAGACGAACGUAGAUCAAGGUUACGAUCAAAAUUACCAAACUGGACAGACUUACGAUCAGAGUGGAUACGGGCAGAAUAUUAAUACCUCCGGAUACACUCAAGCUCCUACAGGUUACGAACAGCCACCUAUGUACGAGCAACCAGCUAAUUACGGCCAACAGCCUAUGGGUUACGCCCAACAGAGACCUUACGGACAAGAGCCGCAGGCAGCAGGUCAAGUAGAUGUGAAUCCAUUCAGGAGACCUCCUAACAUCGAUCAGAAGCCUUCCGGCGAUAGCAAUCCAUUCAGACAAGGAAUGUAUUAAUAUGGUCGACGAGGCUGCGUAGUUUAUCGGGUAUUCGUGAUCGUUCACCAUCGAAUCUACAGGCUACUUUCGCGUCACGUCACGAAUAUCGCGAAAUAGUCUUCGAGAUAGGCUUCCAAUUGUCAAGAAUGUUAGCUGUCGCACGCGUAUCGACGAUCUUCUGCGAAUUAUGGCGAUCGCAACGUUCGUUCUCUUUCGGUGAUUUCACCAAGUGCAUCGACGUCUCGUCAUCUUGUGGUUACGAAUUAUCGAAGGGGGCCGUGUCGACUUCCAGAACGAUGAUUACUUCGAGAUGUUUCGGAGCUAUAUCUCUAGAAAGUACACUGCGGAGUUCUAUGCUCGCAUAAUAUUCGACGAUGGUCUUGGGAUCAUUCGCAGUGGUAGUGUCGGGAAAUUUAAAUCGGUCUUACGGAUCAGUAUUUUUUAUUCGAGAGGCGAUCGUUUCUUCGACGAAACUAGAUGCGAAGGAAACGAUGAUGAAAUUACGAAAAAAGUAGUGUUUAUAAAUCGUGAAGGGUAAUCGUGUGAUUGGUACUUGACAUAUCAGUUGCCAUUAACUCGAUGACUGUUCCUCAGGUUUAGUAUUUUACAAUUCGUUUUACCAUCUUUUCUCUGCCUUUUGAUUUACACUUUCUUUUUUAAACUUUAUUCUAUGUAAAGUUUCAGUAGUUCAGUAAAUUCAUUUGGGUGCUUAUUAAAUGAAUAUUAGGAAAUUAAUAAAAAUAUUUGUAACAAGAAUUAAUUUGAAACUUAACGUAGUGUAAUUUUCUAUACGUGUAGUAAUUAAUAAUAUCAGUAUGAAAUUUAAAUAAUUUUAAAUUUACUUAUAAUUAACACGAGACAUAUGAAACUUGCCGCGUAUUUUAAGCAUAAUCUAAUAGAUAUUUUUGAAAUUAUGAGUUAUAUUAUUAAUACAUCGUAAACAACAGUCAUCGUGUUGACAGCGAAAAAUAUAAAUCGAAUACCAUAAAAUCAGGUUUCCUAAACAUAUCCGAUUCUAUAUGACAAGUAAAAGCAGCUAGAAUGUAGUGAAACAAAGUCGUCACUUUCAAUUGCAACGUGCAAAAGUCGAAACGUUUAGAAUGACAAAUUCCUACCGAAAGUGGCCAGCGAAAAAUUAAGAGAGAACAGAGGAGAAAGGCAUGAUCCAAGAAGAUGGAGAAUCACAUUCGUCCACAUCUCGUGGGCCGAGUUGAAAAGAAGAACAUAAUCGCAACGGAGGCUUCCCCUCAACAAGGACCUUUGCUCGCGAAUUGCCACGAACAUCGGCAAAUCCUCAGUUUUUAUUCGUUUCGUUUGCAUUUCAUUGUUGAACCGAAGUAUCAUAUCACUAAUUAAGGCGUCAAACUAGUAAUUAUCGAAGCUUUCAUGUAGGUAAUUGUAUAGAUAAUGUGUACGGUAAGAAAGAAGUAAGUUUUUUUUAGCCGUGAUGUAUAAUGAUAUUGGCAAAGUACGUUACGACUGUUACAACGCGUAAUAACAUAUCAUUAUUCUUUGAUUUUAUUUAUUAUCAGUAACAAUUAAGUAUUUCAUUAGUGUUGUUUUAAUUUUUAUUAAUUAAAAUUCACGAAUUAAAACGUUGAACGUAGAACAAACGAAUACUAAGGAAUAUUGAGUUGGAUGAUAUUAGUUGGAUCGCGUCGAAGCAUCGGAACGUUAAAUUCGCUGAUUAAUCAUUAAUGGUAAAGAUCCGAAAUUUUAUACAAUUUGAUAUUUAUAAUUUACAAUUUAACGAACAUCAAAAAGACUCUAAUUAGUUAGUUGAGUUAGCAGUUUUUUAGUACUUUGUCAACAGUAUUGAUAGGGCAAUUAUAUCUCAAGAGUGAAGUAAUAUUGGAUGCUACAUAUCUGUAUUUUCAUGAGCUUAGUUUUGUAUGUAGAAACACUUCCGUUCGAAUCUCGUUCGUUUGAUUCGUCGUGGAAAAUCGUGCAAUAUUUAGAUAAUACGUAGUCCUACAUUCCCAUGCAUAUUAUGUAUAUAUAUAUAUAUAUAUACACACGCGUAUUUAACUACUAUCGUAUGCCAGCGGCUCGCACGUAAAGCUUUACGAGUCCUUCGAAAUUCUUUUACCGAGACACUUAAAUUCUUUUUUAUUCUCAUCCGCCAUUAGGCCAAACGAAGGUUAUUGGGCUGUUCGGAAAGUUCGUAGUAUUUUUAUUAGCUAACACGUAUCAGAUGAUGAAGUACUGGUCUUUGGUUGGACAUGAAACUUCACUUUUUGCGAAGUUUUCUAUUUCAUGAACCAGAUACAUAAUUAAGAUUAAUAUCUUAAGAAACAAAUGACUUAUUUUCAUGAAUUUAUUUAACAGAAAGAGAAUGUUAAAAGAUAAUAUUUGAAAUUAUCGUUCUUUUUCCACAUUUCGAAUUAUGGAGUCGAUCAGUUUGGCUUCUGACAGGUUCAUAUACGAAGAGCAAGUGAGAAAUUUUGGAUCUUAGUUAAAAUGUUCAUUUCUACCUCUCUCAUUCGCCAAAUAUGGUGUGAUUCCAUUUUUACAAAACUAAUACAAUAGUAAUACAAAAUACUACUACAUACUAAUACAUACUAAUACUAAUACUGAUAAAAUACCAGUUGUGUAAAAAUACAUAUCCUUCAAAUGUUUCUUAAUCUUCGCUACAAAUCUUUCGAACAACCUAAUACAUUUUCGGAUAUCUAUCUUUUAAUAGGUAAAAUCCAUUUGCUUCCGUUUUCACACGUCGAUCAAUCUCAGACAGAAAAUCUCGCAUUUCCCAUUUAUUUGUUAAAAAAGAAAAGAAAAAGAAACAAACGCUCGGGGUUGCUAUCUUAAGUUAGAUCGGUUUCUAGGAAGCAGUGGCGAGGAGGCGGGUGUUUUAGAGGCUCGUUAAAUUUUACGUUCGUGUCCAUCGCAUGUUCGUACCUACUCGUCAAUACUCAGAGACGUCGCGAGAAAACGAACGUACAUAGAAACGACGUGUCGUCGAUGACAAUGCGCGCAAUUCGAAAAUGAUUCGACGAUUUCCAGUCGAAAUCAAGGUCACGACGACCGACAGCCCGAGGAUUCGAAGCGCGUUCACGACAAAAAUACUAACUAAAUACUAAAUACUAAAUAUUUAGCGAUUUGUCAUUGUAUACUGUAAUACUGUCGAUAUGAGAUUUCGUAAAAUUGCAUGAAACAAUUUGAUCGUGACCACAUUAUGACUUUAGUAUGUAACGUCGAUGUCGUUUAACCGGUGCACUUCGUUUCUUCUGUCCUUCACUUCGACCUCGCAGCAUUAACACUUCGUCGCUAAUAGACACGACGUACUACGAGGGCAAAGGGAAGUACAGAAGAACGAAGUACACCGAUCGAACGAUAUUGGCGCUACGUACUGAAGUCACAAUAUGGCCGCGAUCUAGCUUCUCACAUGGUUUCACGGAAUCUCGUGUCAAUGGUAUGCAUGUCAGUGGCGAUGCCUCGUCGAGGAACCGUGGUCGAGUCGUCAAUCCGCUUCUCGUUCGUCGCGUCCUUUCAAUUAAUCGUCGUGAGUGCUUUGAGUUUACAGUGCCUGAACUUUCAAGUUUUUACCUUCUCUCCCGUUGUUGUGAAAUUCGUAACGCAGAACCAUACCUAAAUCUCCCGACUUCGAUGAUUACGUAUACUCGAGUCAAAGCAGCAUAGAAACUUUAGAUACGUACAUAUAUUUACAUUUACGCCAUAGGCGGUCGCAGUUUUCGUAUUUUUUGUUCCGUAGUUGAGACGAAAGUUCUAUCUCGUGAUAAUAAAAUGAUUAUACAUAUAUACACAUACAUAUAUAAAUACAUAGUAUAUAUACAUAUAUUCGGACACAUUCCUAGCAGACCUACGUUUUACGAAAUAUAACGUGUUAUGCAUCAACCUAGGCAUUCCCAUGAGUAAAAUAAGAAAAUAUAAACAUUGUUAUCUAGAAAUACGGGUGAGUGAAAUGAUACUAAUAAACCGGUACAAAGAUAUAUUGGUUUUUCAGAUGUAUUGAUUAAGGAACUAAUAACUUCCUCGAGUAAUAAAUAUUUUAUUUAUAACAUGAUUUAUAACAAUCAAUUACGAUCGAUUAUAAUUGAUUACACUACGAAUAUUUCUACGAUGAAAUAUUUCAGUACUGAUAGUAGUAUUCAUAACGUAAUAUUUUCAUAAUCUGCGCGUUAAAAGGGAUCGACAGAUAUAUAACCUGUCAUAUUUUGUAACACGUAGCUUUGUUAGGAACAUGCCUAUACUCGCAUUGAUAAUUUCGUUUCUAUGAGCUGGCCUCUAUUAUUAACGAUAUUAGCGUAACGGUCGAUGAAAUAACGUGUCGCUUGCCGAUGGUUAUCAAUGAGCGAUGAAUGAUCGAUUCUCGAGAGAAAUCGUUGUGUCGUGAUUUACAUAGAUAGCAUUCUCACUUAAGUUCGUUUGAGAAAAGUUCAAAGUCUUUGUUUGGUCCUUUAGAAUUGGUUGACUAUUGUAGACUUUGCUACGGUGAUAUGUACAUAUGUUGCAGUUGUUGCGACUUUCUGAAGGUCGCAACAAUAGAGUUUGUUGUGGUGAAGUGUCGGAAUAUUGUCCCUUGAGUUAGAUAUAAAGAAUAAUGGUAGUGCAUUAUUAUACUUGGUAAUGUUUAGGAAUAUAGAGACGACAUCUGUUCUUCUUUUAUCAGAUAUAUUGCGCAAGGACUUAUAACAGAGAGGAUCGUCGUCCAUGUUUGUCUUUCUCAAGAAUUUCUGUUCAAUAUAUUUCAAUAUCCUCUUCAACAAAAUAUUCAUUGCAUUACAUAGUUCUUAUAAGUGUACCUGCAAUUAUAUCGCAGAAGAAAUACUUCUAGUUAAAUCAUGAAGUCGUAGAGAUCGUGACAGAGGAUUUUAAAAAAGCAGUUAUUUUUCAUUCGACGAUAAGUCAAAACAUAGAUCAUAAUAUAUGUAUUAUCAUAUUUCAUAAUAUCGAUUCUACCGUGUUGUGAGUUCAACUUCUAACUAUUAGAACGGUCUAGUAUCUAAAAGGUGGUAAAAUUUGACAAGGGUUGUUUUCGUUAUUGUUUUGAUAAGCUUCACAAUUUAUUACACAGUUUAAUUCUUUAUUAUUGUUUUAUUAAGUUUUGAUAUUGUAACAUAUAAAUUACUUUGCAUUUGUAUAUUUCAUAUUCCAUAUUAGCAUAUUCUGUGUUUAAUCUGUUGCGUAUUGCGGCUAUACAACGAAUUUUUCUCCUAUUUUCGCUAAAUUUGUACAGUAGUCUAGUGAGAAUUCACGGGACAAAAUUCUGCUACUUCGCACCGCUCGUUUUCUGCGUGCAUUAUAAUUUAAAUUAUUAUACCGAAGUUAUAUAAUAUUAUAUCGUAUUGUGUACGUAUUAUGUAUAUAUAUAUAACAUAUAAUAUUAUAUAGGAGAUAUCUAAAAUAUAUUGUACAAGUAAAACAUGUUCUAUACAUAUAAUCCUAUAUACAUAGAAGAUGAUCGGUGAUAUCCCUUUUUUUCGUAAAACGGAUUCGCGUUGUCGAAAGCAAACGAUAACUGUCGUGCAUGGCGUUGCGCGUACCUACAUCGCAAAAUUCUAUCACAGUUAUAUAUACGUAUACGUAAAUAAUAUAACAUUUACGUAUAGGCGCGUAACACACGUACUCGUAGCUUCUUUCCUUUCUUGUAAAUACGUUACACGUGCGCGAAUAUAUUAAAAAGAGAAAAGAAAAAAAGAUGAUAUUAUAGCAAUCUCCCUCCCUUUUUCCAUGCGAGGGAGUAUAUACUGCGUAUAUGUAUAUCUCGCCUAUAUGUAUUAUAUCGUUUGUGUGUGUUGAUGGCGCGAGGGCGAGUGAUCUAAAUGCAAAGAAGAACACGAAGGAAGAAAUAUCAAACAGAAAUGAAAAGAAAAUGUCGGGUGCGACUGUGUCUGUUAGGUGAACGGGCAAAGGUCAUUGCGUAGAACAGCGCGGAUAGGCAUUUAGGUUGCUCGCGAUAUUUUUCUCAAUUUCGCGUGUUCAUUACCUACCUAUUAUCGCGCGGUAUCGCAUAAAACGGAUAAAAAAAACUCGAACAUUAGUAGAACUACGUACACGUCUUAACCGUAAAUUAAGAAGGCCGUCGCGUUGCAAACGUUGGAUUGAUGCAAAAUUAAUGGGAGUUUCUAUUUUUUAAUAGUUUCAUUUUUCUUUUUUUUUUUUUUUUUUUAGAGAGAGAAAUUUAAAGAAAAAGUAAUGUUUUAUAAUCGUUCUUCAAUUUUGAAAAGAUUUUGGUAUAUCUGGAAUUUAAUACACUUUGUAUUAGUUUGGAAAGAUUUGGUGUAUCAAGCUGGCGAGGAUUUCUGUUUUUUAAUUUGAACACAUUUGCACGCCUAUACCUUGAAACAGUGUAACGAAUCUGUUGAUUAGUAUCAAAUCGAUGUAUAUUUGCUCAAAGUUGAGGUUUUUUCAAAUUUCAAUCUCAACCACGUGGUGCAGCUUAACGUAAUUAUAGAAGGUACAAUAUUAUCCAAAAUAUCUUGUACAUGCGAAAACUUCUAUUAUCCUUGCGUCAAUCUGUUCUAAUCUGUCCUUGAGUAAUACACUUUGAGACUGUUUAAACGAACACAAAGGAAGAAAAGAAAAGUAGUGUCAGGGUUCCGAUACACCAGCACUUCUGGUGUGUAUAUACAUACACCGAAGCUAAACGCACGUGCACACACUAACGAGUAUAUAUACACGAAUAUAUUUGGCGGUACACGGUACAUGAGUCUAAUAACAUCGUACACAGAAGAAAAACAAAGAUACACAGUUGGAUUGAUGACGUACACAGCGAAACACACAUGUAUGUAUGUAUGUAUAUUUAAAGGAAUCAAGUGUCGAACUGCGUAUGUACUUGAAACCUAUGAUAUUGUAAUGUUGUUGAACCGGUUAUUAAAGAUGUCAUUGUUACCAAAGAA